AUGCUGCAGAAAUUCACAGAGCUUGAGGAAGCAGUUAGAACCACUGUAGCUCUUUUAGAUACUACAUUACCACACAUUAGUGUCGAAGAGUGGCAAAUACUCAGAGACUUGCAAACGCUUUUGGAACCAUUUGAAGAAGCUACUCGGGCAGUCAAUGGUCAACAAUAUAUGACAGCGUCAUUAGUUAUUGUUAUUACUAAUAGCCUUUUGGAUAUUUGUAAAGAAGUAUCUCCUCGUUUUGCAGUUAAUGCCAAAGUUUUCGCCAAACAAUUAGAAAAGGAACCUAAUGAACGAAUGGGUACAGUGAAAUAUAGUAGCACAUUAGCCAUGCGUACGUUUUUGGAUCCUCGUUUUAAAACUAUAUAUUUCAAAAAUAACGAUGCUAUGGAAGAAGCAAAGAAAAGUGUAAUUUAA